CUCGUGAACUUGAAUCGCUAGUUUUGACAGUACUGCGUGAAACCAUAUCCUAAGGAUUUCUCUUCUUCUCGAAGUAAAAAAAGCGCGCAGAUGGGUCGCCCAGUUCUCUCCCAGUUCCUCGCUCUCUCUACCCUCUCUCCACCCUUCUCCUCUUCCAUCUUUAGACCCAGAAGAGUUCGCAGUAGUUUACUUCCUGUUUGCCGCAAUGUUUCCUACUUCCAAUGCUAUUGCAGCGCCUCAGUCACUCAAUCAGCCGGCACUGAUACAGAGAGUUCUUCCAGCUCAGUAAAGAAACGGGUGGUAUCUGGUGUUCAGCCUACAGGAUCAAUACACCUUGGUAAUUAUCUUGGUGCCAUUAAAAAUUGGAUUUUACUGCAGGAUACAUAUGAAACCCUCUUUUUCAUUGUUGAUCUUCAUGCGAUAACUCUACCAUAUGAUACCCAACAGCUAUCAAGAUCAACCAAAGAAACUGCUGCCAUUUAUCUGGCAUGUGGUGUUGACACUUCCAAGUCUUCAGUUUUUGUGCAAUCUCAUGUCCGAGCUCAUGUAGAAUUGAUGUGGCUGUUAAGUUCUGCCACACCAAUUGGAUGGCUGAAUAAGAUGAUCCAGUUCAAGGAGAAAUCACGUAAGGCGGGGGAUGAGAAUGUUGGGGUUGGCCUUCUAACAUACCCUGUUUUGAUGGCUUCUGAUAUUCUCUUAUAUCAGUCUGACUUCGUCCCAGUUGGUGAAGACCAGAAGCAACAUCUAGAAUUGACCAGAGAGAUGGCUGAGCGUGUUAAUUAUUUAUAUGGGGGAAGAAAAUGGAAGAAGUUGGGAGGGAGAGGUGGAUCACUUUUCAAGGUGCCUGAACCCCUCAUUCCACCAGCUGGAGCCCGAGUUAUGUCUCUGACAGAUGGUCUGUCAAAGAUGUCCAAAUCUGCUCCUUCUGAUCAAUCUCGAAUUAACCUACUUGACUCAAAGGAUAUGAUAGCAAACAAGAUUAAACGGUGCAAGACUGACGCAUUUCCAGGAAUGGAAUUUGACAAUCCUGAAAGACCCGAGUGCAACAACCUUUUAUCAAUAUAUCAACUCGUUACUGGAAAGACAAAGCAGGAAGUUUUACUGGAAUGCCAAGAUUUGAACUGGGGUUUGUUCAAGAACCUUCUUACCGAUGCUUUGGUAGAUCAUCUCCAUCCUAUUCAGAAACGCUAUGGGGAAAUCAUGUCAGAUGAAGCUUAUCUCGAUGGAAUCUUGUCAGAAGGUGCUCGAAACGCCUCAGACAUUGCGGACGCAACUGUCAAUAAUGUUUACCAGGCCAUGGGAUUCUUACGCAGAUAAAUCACUAUGAAGAGGAAGGAAAAAUGUGAAACCAUAUGUUUGUUUUAAUGAGCUCACAACAAUUUGGGAUAAUUUUUUGAAAUCUUAGACUUCAUUUUCAUGUAAUGUUCAUGAGAGGGAUAUAAUUUAUUUAUUUUAUUUUUUCAAUUUUUAUAUAUGAUUGUAAUUCAAAUCAAUUUGAAAUCAUUUAUUGAUUGGAUUAUAAUUUUUUAAGA